AUGCCGCCAAUUGAUCCAAUAACAGUUCAACAUGACGUCCGACCAGUUGAUCAAGUCAGAGUUGUUGUCCAUACUAUGGGCGUUUCUGGGCCCACAACAAGCGACAACCAUUGGUCUAUCUAUUUGGUCCUUCCAAACAACACUGGCUCUAUCCGCAUCAAUAUGAGGGCGGAAUAUGAAGAUCCCACUGGAUUGCUUGAGUGGACAUCUCACAUAUACGCUGUCACCACUUCUGCUAUCAAGUACUGGGAUUUCCCGGCCGCUUCUGGAGUCCAAGUGGCACAUAUUGCAAGGCUUAUUUACGGCCUUGGUCGCCACAAAUAUGAGAUGUCUGGCGGAGGGUCCGGCUGUCGCUACUGGGUAUAUAGUAUUAUGUACGACCUUGGCCAAAAUAAUUACGUUUCUGGGCAAGCCUCUCAGCAGUUGUGGCCACAUCUUCAGUUUCAGUAUCAUACUUCUGGGAGUUUCAAGCCAUUAAACUGGGUCCAAGGUUAA